UUUUCUACAAUCGUGUUUGGACUUGGCUUUUGAUAUCUUGACGCCUUGACAGUUGAUUCCUCGUCAGUCGUCCCGCCCCUCCUUUUGGUGAGAGAUAGCUAUCGGGCAGCCAUGGCUCAUGUAGCUGUUUGCCCCGUCAGCUCCCACAAAUUGCGGCCUUUUCAUUUCAACCUCCGCCCAUCUCUGCACAUUCAACACCCCUAUUUCCAACACCUCAAGAGCCGUAGACGGUUUCAUCAUCAGAUAUUUUGCGAAACGAAUCCUAAUCGCAAUCCAGCCGAGUGUUGCCAAACGGCUGAUUCUGUAGAAAAGGUAGAUCCUGGCUCUAGCAAUAGUGUUGCUAGCAGUGAAGUUUCAGUUUCCUCCAAUGACAGUGGAAGGUUUCUUGACUACCCAGACACAAAUUUCAAUAGGAGAAUAGCACUGGUCUCUGCUGUUGGAGCAGUGGUGCUUUUUUUGUCACGGCGACUUGAUUUUGGUGUUUCUUUGAAAGAUCUUUCUGCUGCUGCUAUGCCUUUAGAGAAGGCCCUUUCAAAUGGAAAGCCUACAGUGGUGGAGUUCUAUGCAGAUUGGUGUGAAGUCUGUAAGGAAUCAGCUGCGGACGUGUAUAAAGUUGAGCAGCAGUACAGGGACAGAGUGAAUUUUGUGAUGCUAAAUGUGGACAACACAAAGUGGGAACAAGAGCUUGAUGAGUUUGGAGUGGAAGGCAUCCCCCAUUUCGCAUUCCUCGACAAGGAUGGGAACCAGCAGGGCAAUGUUGUUGGUCGCCUUCCAGGGCGGUACUUACUUGAAAAUGUGGAAGCCCUCUCUCAAGGAGGGCAAACAUCUGUACCCCACACUCAUAUGGUGGGCCAGUACUCUAAUACUGCUGCUGGAUCGCGUGAACUCCAACGAGUGGUGGGUCCCAGAAGUCAUGGUUAGCCCCCAACACCAUGCCAUACACACAACUUGCAAACUUGGUGUUUGCUCACUUAACAAAUUGUUUGUAGACACACUUUGUUCAUAACAUUGUUUGCCUCCACUCUUAUAGUAGAGCAAAAGCCGACCAAAAACAUUGUUCAUCAUACUUUUGUAAAUAUAGUUCCUCUUCAUUAAUAGUAAAACUUGAUAGUGUUUGAGAAAAAAGUGAUUCUGAAAAAGUA